UGACAUGGAAGCAGAAGCAGUUGAAGCUAUUGGUGAAGAAUCUGAAACUUUCAUUAAAGGCAAAGAACGGAAGACAUAUCAGAGACGUCGGGAAGGUGGGCAGGAGGAGGAUGCUUGCCCGAUGCCACCCAACCAAGCAGAUGGGACUGAAGUAGUACAGGAUGUCAAUACUGGUGUUCAGAUGGUCAUGAUGGAGCAGCUUGAUCCAACGCUGCUUCAGAUGAAGACAGAAGUCAUGGAAGGUGCAGUGCAACAAGAAGCUGAAGCCACUGUGGAUGACACACAAAUAAUAACCCUGCAGGUUGUGAACAUGGAAGAGCAGCCCAUCAACCUGGGUGAACUCCAGCUUGUCCAAGUGCCCGUCCCAGUGUCUGUACCUGUUGCUACCACUUCUGUAGAAGAACUUCAGGGGGCCUAUGAAAAUGAGGUCUCUAAGGGUGGCCUCCAGGAGGGGGAGCCCAUGAUCUGUCACACUCUCCCUUUGCCAGAAGGCUUCCAGGUAGUAAAGGUUGGGGCAAAUGGUGAGGUGGAGACAUUGGAGCAAGGGGAACUUCAGCCUCAGGAGGAUCCUAACUGGCAGAAAGACCCAGACUAUCAACCCCCCACCAAAAAGACAAAGAAAACCAAAAAAAGCAAACUCCGUUACACUGAGGAGGGAAAGGAUGUGGAUGUGUCUGUAUAUGAUUUUGAAGAGGAGCAACAGGAGGGCUUGCUUUCAGAUGUCAAUGCAGAGAAGGUGGUGGGCAACAUGAAACCCCCAAAGCCAACAAAAAUUAAAAAGAAAGGGGUGAAGAAGACAUUCCAGUGUGAACUGUGCAGUUAUACGUGCCCCCGGCGUUCAAACUUGGAUCGUCACAUGAAAAGCCACACGGAUGAGAGGCCACACAAGUGCCACCUUUGUGGCAGAGCCUUCCGGACAGUCACACUGCUGAGGAAUCACCUCAAUACUCACACAGGUACUCGUCCUCACAAGUGUCCUGACUGUGACAUGGCCUUUGUGACAAGUGGAGAGUUGGUUCGGCAUCGCCGCUAUAAACAUACCCAUGAGAAGCCAUUCAAGUGUUCCAUGUGUGACUACGCCAGCGUGGAGGUUAGCAAAUUGAAACGCCACAUUCGUUCUCAUACUGGGGAACGUCCAUUCCAGUGCAGUUUGUGCAGCUAUGCCAGCAGAGACACUUACAAACUGAAGAGGCACAUGAGGACCCAUUCUGGUGAGAAGCCCUACGAGUGUUACAUUUGCCAUGCUCGCUUCACCCAGAGUGGGACAAUGAAGAUGCACAUCCUGCAGAAGCACACGGAAAACGUGGCUAAGUUCCACUGCCCCCACUGUGACACAGUGAUUGCACGAAAGAGCGACUUAGGUGUCCAUUUGCGGAAGCAGCAUUCCUACAUCGAGCAGGGCAAAAAGUGUCGUUACUGUGACGCCGUGUUCCAUGAGCGAUAUGCACUCAUCCAGCACCAGAAGUCUCACAAAAAUGAGAAGCGCUUCAAAUGUGACCAGUGCGACUAUGCGUGCCGACAGGAACGGCACAUGAUCAUGCACAAGCGAACCCACACUGGAGAAAAGCCUUAUGCCUGUAGCCAUUGCGACAAAACCUUCCGCCAGAAGCAGCUGCUUGAUAUGCACUUCAAGCGCUACCAUGAUCCAAACUUUGUUCCAGCUGCCUUUGUCUGCUCUAAGUGUGGCAAAACGUUCACACGCCGUAACACAAUGGCCAGACAUGCAGAUAACUGUUUAGGCCCUGAUGGGGUUGAAGGAGAGAAUGGAGGGGAACCCAAGAAGGGGAAACGUGGCCGGAAGAGAAAGAUGCGCUCCAAAAAAGAGGACUCUUCUGACAGUGAGGAAAACGCUGAACCAGAGUUGGAUGAGAAUGAGGAGGAGGAAGAAACAGCAGUUGAAGUUGAGGCUGAACCCGAAGUGGAGCCUGUGGUCCCAGCCCCUCCGCCUGCUAAGAAGCGAAGAGGACGUCCGCCGGGCAAAGCCAAUCAAGCCAAACAGCCCCAACCUACAGCAAUCAUUCAGGUGAAAGACCAGAGCACUGGUGCAAUUGAAAACAUUAUUGUGGAAGUCAAGAAGAAGCCCGAAGCAGAGACUGUAGGGGCCGCUACAGGAACUCAGCCAGCAGCAGUGGAAGCACCCAAUGGAGACCUCACCCCAGAGAUGAUUCUUAGCAUGAUGGACCGGUGAUGGAGGAAGGGUUAUGCUCUAACUGAACUGGCCUGGGCUCUUUUGAAGUGGCUCAAUCCCUUUUAUUUUAUUUUAUUUUAUUUUCCUUUUUACCUUACUUUUGGCUUUGGGAAAUGCAUCAUUUUUAGACCAUUUUACCAAACAACCUGGGAAACAAAACUUCAAAUGAUGUUAGGAUGUGAUUUGCCUAGAACAUUCUCUCUUCUCUUACUCUGUCUCUCUCUCUGUCUCUGUCUCUGUAUCUCUCUUUCUCUCUCUCUCUCUCUCUCUCUUUCUCUCUCUCUCUCUCUCUCGCUGUUUAAUGUUAGCCUAACCG